CUUAAUUGUCAAUAUCAACCCACCGAAAACCGACAAUAUUAGGACGUGUUGUUUUUAGCUUUUUUUAAAUCUUCAUUUUUCACAAUAGGUAAUAAUUGUGUUAUGCUUAAAUGUAUAAAAAGUUUUUCUUAGACAAAUACAUUCAAAAUAAAUUAUAAUCAAGUUUUUAUUGAUUCUUUUCCGUUAAUCUAUAUUUAUAAAAGCCUUCAAAAUUGCAUCCAAAAUGCAAAACGUUAACGCUCCACGGGAGCCUGCUCCCGUGUUGAGCACGAGUUCAACUAUUCUCAAUAUGAGAGAAAAAGAGAAAUAUAUCGAAGAAUUUGACUUUCCAUUCUGUGAUGAGUCUUCUAAAUAUGAAAAAGUUGCCAAGAUCGGUCAAGGAACCUUCGGAGAAGUGUUCAAAGCGCGAGCUAGAAAUAGCAGUAAAAAAUUUGUUGCAAUGAAAAAGGUCUUAAUGGAUAACGAAAAAGAAGGUUUUCCCAUCACAGCACUGCGAGAAAUUAAGAUAUUACAGCUUCUGAAACAUGAAAAUGUCGUAAAUCUUAUUGAAAUAUGCAGAACUAAGGCUACAUUACACAAUAAAUAUAGGUCAACAUUCUACUUAGUUUUCGAUUUCUGUGAACACGAUUUGGCAGGUUUAUUGUCGAAUGUAAAUGUAAAAUUUAGUUUAGGUGAGAUUAAAAAAGUUAUGCAGCAGUUGUUGAAUGGGUUAUAUUACAUUCAUAGCAAUAAAAUUUUGCAUCGAGAUAUGAAAGCUGCAAAUGUACUUAUUACUAAGAAUGGAAUAUUGAAACUUGCUGAUUUUGGUUUGGCAAGAGCAUUUAGUGUUGCUAAGUCAGGACAAGCCAAUAAAUACACUAACAGGGUGGUCACAUUAUGGUAUCGCCCCCCAGAAUUGUUAUUAGGGGAUCGUAAUUAUGGACCACCAGUAGAUAUGUGGGGUGCAGGGUGCAUUAUGGCUGAGAUGUGGACCAGGUCUCCAAUUAUGCAGGGUCCCACAGAGCAGCAACAAUUAAUACUAAUUUCUCAGCUCUGUGGGUCGUGUACCCCAGAUGUAUGGCCAGGAGUGGAAAGUUUAGACCUAUACAAUAAGAUGGAGUUGCCAAAGGGACAAAAGAGGAAAGUUAAGGAAAGACUAAAGCCAUAUGUCAAAGACCCGUAUGGUUGUGAUUUACUUGACAAGCUGCUGCAACUAGACCCAGCGAAGAGAUAUGACGCAGACACAGCACUCAACCAUGACUUCUUUUGGACUGACCCGAUGCCCUGUGACUUGGCUAACAUGUUGGCCCAACAUACACAGAGUAUGUUUGAGUAUCUGGCGCCACCUCGUCGACCUGGUCAUCUCCGACAUCAUCAUCAUGUGCCUGGGGCUCAGGCCAAGCCCAACCCACCACCUCAAGACUCAGGAUACCAGGAUAGAGUGUUUUAGUGAUGUUGACUUUGGGCUCAGUGUGAAGUGCAAUUGUGUAUCGGGGCACGGUUCCCAUAUUUAACGGAACAUUGAUUUCUACGAUAUAAAUGGUAAGACACUGUACAGUGAUUUAAGAUAACUAUUCAAUAUGACUUAUGAUUUAAGAUUGUUUCUAGAACUUGAUGAUGAGUGCAUUACUAACUUUACCCUUGAUUGGACUUUCAAUGAUAAAUUCUAUGUUGUAACUUAAUCUAUUUGGGAAAACUUGAUUUAAUAGUGAGAUUAUCAUUAUAAUAUGUACACACAAAAGUAUCUUUUUCCUACCUAAUCACAUAAAAAGAUAAAAAAAAUGUGAAUUAUUAUCUUGAUACAUAAUAGUAUUGAUUAUUUUUGUAUAACAGAUUUUGUGAUAUAUUAUAUACAUAUAUAUCGCUAUUAUGUUAAAGUAUAAAUAUGAGAAUAAUGGCAAGGUAAAAGUUGCUCAACUGAAACCUGAAAAUCCAUUCAGGUACUUCUCAUGUCUAGUUUUUAUAGGAAACUGGAAAUAGGAAUUUUCACUAAGAUUUUGACAUACUUUCUUGUGUAUUGUUUACGAUAAUUGUGAAGAAACUUUUAUAUUAAUUUGCAACCCAUCACAAAAAAUUUGCCCAACAAUAAUUGUGAAUAAUGAAAGGAAAGGAAAACUGACUAAAACAUACAGAGUUCUGUCCCCCCCUAGUAACUGGAAUAAUGUGUAAAUUUUAGAUAGAUAGUAUUAAAUAAAAUGUGAUAUAUUCUUGAAUAUAUUGUGUUCCUUAUUAUUGUUAAUGUAAUAUAAAAUAAGGCCAAAUAAAUUGUUGUACAACAGUGGUGA